AUGUCCGUCCCCAACUACUGCCACCACAGCUUCAACCUCCUCAAGUCCGAGUCGACCCUGAUCCAAUGGACCUGCGCGAUGUGCCAUACAGGACCCCACUGGUACAUCUUCGAGUGCAAAUACUGCAGAUUGAAGACCUGCCGCCCAUGCACCAACAAGGUCUGA